CAGGACACUUCUCAGGGAGAAGAAAUCCCUGGGAGGAAAGAACUGAGGAACAGGAGGACCCAAAGAUCUUUGAAGCUACUUAGGUGUAUAGGCAAAUGAAGCCGGCUGUGGUGCAGAUCUUAUUCAUGAUGUUACUGCUGCUACUGUGUCUGGAGAGGGGCUUGGGCAUGGGGCUUCCCAUGGCCUCCACAGUCCUGGAGGAUAGUGACCAGGCAUUGAAUGAGUUUUGGUCCAGGGACUCACAGGAUAAGAUCGAGAUCUCUGAAGGGGGAAUGAGUUUCCAGAAAGCAGAGAGUCUGACGCAAAGCAUCAAAGGUGUGAUGUUGCCUGACUGGUCAGAGCAGACAUUCCUCAGUGAAGACAAGGUUGGAAUAAACGGUUUACUCAGAGCUGAGACUCGCUCUCAACGUUAUGGUGAACAACAUGGGGAUGACUUGAUGGCCAGGGACUGCAAUAACUUGAUGGCACCCAAGAUAAAGAUGUCCAACAGCCUAUGUAUAAAUAGCUACACAUUCAUCCAUGAGGAUAUAGAGAAGUUCAAAGCUGUGUGUACCAGUCCUACUAUUCCUUGUACUCACAAAGGAGGAAAAUGUCACAGAAGCUCCAGUCCUUUUGAAAUGACACUCUGCAAAUUGUCCAAAGCAGACCAAAUGGCCCCUAACUGCCAUUACUUAACUUUUAUUAUGAAAAAGUACAUUAUUAUGACUUGUACUGAUCAGAAUAUCUAUAUCUCAUCUAAAAAAUAA